CGGGGUGCCAGGGUGAGCGGGAGUCAGCAGGGUCUGGCGGUGGGUCGAGUCCAGGAGAUGAGGAGACCGGAGGGAUUAAGAAGCGCCCUUGGAACUCCCUGGCUUGCCAUGAUGCUCGGUGGCAGAAGGACCCGAGGUGAAGGGUCUUCACUUACGGGCGUCAUUUCACAGCGGGUUCUCUUCGAAUCUGCAGUUUGCUCAUCCCUUGGUGUGCGACGUGCAGAAUGUUAAUAUCCUUCCGUGUGAUCAGGAGCCUGUGUACCAUGUUGUUUGUAAAACACAGACAGGUGCACGUGUGGAUGCUGCCGUGACACGGAACGGUCCGGAGCUGAGAGUCCCGGGUACCUAGUUAUUCCUCAUGAGUGUUACCUUGAGCGUGGGUCACCUCUGUGUUUCAGACGGGGAACUGAUGUAAGGGGCUCGGUAGGAAGUGGCGAGCCGAUCGAAGCUGUUUGCCUGCCUCCCGCACUGCCCCUCCCAUGCUCCUGUUGUACUCGGUGAAUCAGUCAUCUAUUUAUGCCCCGUAUGUCUGUGUUAUCUCCAGAUUUUUGUGCUUUUCUUCGUAGAAUAGAAACAUUUACAAAACAUUCAAAAUUAUUCUAAAACCAUGACGUACGGUAGAGUAAAUGAGUCUGUUGCGAACAGGGAGCCCUCAACCUACGAGAGCAGCUGUGUCCUGCUGCUGCCAUUUGAACCCCGGAGGGCAGCCCUACAACUGAAAAGCAUUCUCUUAAGUAAUAACCGUCAGAGACGUAACGGAUAUAGCGACGUUGUGACAGAAAUGAGAAUAGGAGUAAUUCUGGGAGGUUUCAGAAAGGCAGCCAAAUACGAUGAAAAACACCUGACUCGGCGGUGAAGGCUUACUUAACCGGUUUAAAACCUGGAGAGAAGGCGGCUUGUAAGGUGCUUGGUGGAGGAGGAAGCGAGAGUGUCCCGGAGUGUAGGAAGCUGGGGAUUUCGUCCCGGCUCUGCCUCUGAACUUGCUGGGCCAUCUGCUUCCCACCCUGCCACAGGCUCCUGGAGUGGAAAACAAGGGCGGUCACGUUGGUGACUUCCAAGGUUUGUUCCAUUUCUAGGAGACUCUCGUAUGCAAGAGUAAAAUAAUAAAUUCUGAGGGUUUCAGGGGCCAUUCAGCGAGCUGUUGAACAAAUGUUUAUCCUAGAACCUGUGUGCAGUCCUGUGUUGAAAGUGGGCAAUGUCCCGUCCCUUCGCGGCUGCUACGGUCCGCCAGGGGCUAGCGCCUGGCACAGAGUAUCCUGUCCCCCCGCUCUGGACCAGGCAGCUCUGCUGAAAGAGAGUGAAGUGUCUCAGGCUGGGCGUGGAGAUCUGCGGCAGUGAUUGGAGGAAACACUGCGCGAGCCCCGGUCCUGGUCAUCGCGUCCUGCCUGCACCGGAGGGAGCUUUGCCUCGGGGUCAAGCAAACGCAGAAACUAAUCUACCGACAGAAACCGUCUCCGCCAGUCAAGAGACCCUCACAAGCACUUUGCCAUGGAUGUAGAAGAAGAAGAAAACAUGAUAGGUGUUGGUACUUGUGUGGGCACUUUCCUCACAGCCGUCUGUCUGGACCUUCCACUGCCACCGUUCUGGGACCGACACGUGUGUACUAGGAGGGAGAACACGUGUCUCUAGAUGCACGUGCCUCACAGCUGCACGGGUUCGAGCAGCACAGAUGUUAAGGAAAGCUGCGGUCUGGACAGCGCGCCCCCCACGGACGGCAGCGCCCCCGGGCCUGGCGAGGGCGCCCCGCUCUCCAACGGGGGCGGUGGCGGCACCGGCCGGAAGCGGCCCCUGGAGGAGGGCAGCAAUGGCCACGCCAAGUUCCGCCUGAAGAAGAGGAGGCGGCCGCCGGGGCCCGCGCUGCCCAAGAACGCCCUGAUGCAGCUGAACGAGAUCAAGCCCGGCCUGCAGUACGCGCUGCUGUCGCAGACGGGGCCGGUGCACGCGCCUCUGUUCGUCAUGUCCGUCGAAGUGAACGGGCAGGUGUUCGAGGGCUCCGGCCCCACCAAGAAGAAGGCCAAGCUGCACGCCGCGGAGAAGGCCCUACGCUCUUUUGUUCAGUUCCCCAACGCCUCCGAGGCCCACCUGGCCAUGGGGAGGACCCUGUCCACCAACACGGACUUCACGUCCGACCAGGCUGACUUCCCCGACACGCUCUUCAAUGGCUUCGAGACCCCGGACAGGUCGGAUGCGCCCUUCUACCUGGGCUCCAACGGGGACGACUCCUUUAGUUCCAGCGGGGACCUCAGCUUGGCCGCGUCCCCGGCACCCGCCGGCCUCGCGCAGCCUCCCCUGCCCGGCCCUCCGCCAUUCCCGCCGCCGAGCGGGAAGAACCCCGUGAUGAUCCUGAACGAGCUGCGGCCGGGGCUCAAGUACGACUUCCUGUCGGAGAGCGGGGAGAGCCACGCCAAGAGCUUUGUCAUGUCUGUGGUGGUGGACGGCCAGUUCUUCGAGGGCUCGGGCCGGAACAAAAAGCUCGCCAAGGCCCGGGCUGCGCAGUCUGCCCUGGCGACCAUUUUUAAUUUGCACUUGGAUCAAACACCGUCUCGCCAGCCCAUCCCCAGCGAGGGCCUUCAGUUGCAUUUACCGCAGGUGUUAGCGGACGCCGUGGCUCGCCUGGUGCUGGAUAAGUUCGGUGACCUGACGGACAACUUCUCCUCUCCUCAUGCACGUAGGAAAGUUCUUGCCGGCAUCGUCAUGACAACAGGCACAGAUGUGAAAGAUGCCAAGGUGAUAAGUGUCUCUACGGGAACAAAGUGCAUUAAUGGCGAGUACAUGAGUGAUCGUGGCCUUGCGUUAAAUGACUGCCACGCGGAGAUAGUAGCUCGGAGGUCCCUGCUCAGAUUUCUUUAUACACAGCUUGAGCUUUACUUAAAUAGCAAAGACGAUCAAAAAAGGUCCAUCUUUCAGAAGUCAGAGCGUGGCGGGUUCAGGCUGAAGGAGAGCGUUCAGUUCCAUCUGUACAUCAGCACGUCUCCCUGUGGGGACGCCAGAAUUUUCUCGCCGCACGAGCCGAUUCUGGAAGGGGCUGCUGCACUUGUUUGCCGUGAGGAGAGGAGAGGACUUUCACCUGGCCUUCCUCUCCUAGAACCAGCGGACAGGCAUCCAAACCGCAAAGCCAGAGGACAGCUGCGGACGAAAAUAGAGUCUGGCGAAGGCACGAUUCCGGUGCGGUCCAAUGCCAGCCUGCAGACGUGGGACGGGGUGCUGCAGGGCGAGAGGCUGCUCACCAUGUCCUGCAGCGACAAGAUGGCCCGGUGGAACGUGGUGGGCGUCCAGGGCUCACUGCUCAGCAUCUUCGUGGAGCCGAUUUACUUCUCGAGCAUCAUUCUGGGCAGUCUCUACCACGGGGACCACCUCUCCAGGGCCAUGUACCAGCGGAUUGCAAACAUAGAAGACCUGCCCCCGCUGUACGCCCUCAACAAGCCUCUGCUCAGCGGCAUCAGCAACGCAGAAGCGCGGCAGCCAGGGAAGGCACCCAACUUCAGCGUCAACUGGACGGUGGGUGACUCGGCCAUCGAGGUCAUCAACGCCACGACGGGGAAGGACGAGCUGGGCCGUGCAUCCCGCCUGUGUAAGCACGCCUUGUACUGUCGCUGGAUGCGUGUGCACGGCAAGGUUCCCUCCAACUUGUUACGGUCCAAGAUUACUAAGCCCAACAUGUACCAUGAAUCCAAACUGGUAGCGAAGGAGUACCAGGCCGCCAAGGCGUGUCUGUUCAAAGCGUUCAUCAAGGCGGGGCUGGGCGCCUGGGUGGAGAAGCCCACAGAACAGGACCAGUUCUCUCUCACACCCUGACCUGGGGCCUGGGGCCGGGGCUGCUGCGUCCAGCGCUGUCUCCGGAACGUCCCGUCUGGACCGGGGGCAGGUGUGGGGACGCGGGGUGCUGGGCGUCCAGCGCUGUCUCCGGAAGGUCCGGUCUGGACUGGGGGCAGGUGUGGGGACGCGGGGUGCUGGGCGUCCAGCGCUGUCUCCGGAAGGUCCGGUCUGGACCGGGGGCAGGUGUGGGGAUGCGGGGUGCUGGGCGUCCAGCGCUGUCUCCGGAAGGUCCGGUCUGGACUGGGGGCAGGUGUGGGGAUGCGGGGUGCUGGGCGUCCAGCGCUGUCUCCGGAAGGUCCGGUCUGGACCGGGGGCAGGUGUGGGGACGCGGGGUGCUGGGCGUCCAGCACCGUCUCCGGAACACGUGUCUGGACUGGGGGCAGGUGUGCACUUCGGGGAGGGUGGGAAGGGUGUUGGGGUUCAGUGUCCCCACCUGGCACCCCUGUGCAGCGGCAUUACCCCUUUGAAUUAUCCAGUGACUGCUUUCAAUCUCCGUUUACGUUUAGAAAUUGAGUUCUACUGAGUAGGGCUUCCUUAAGUUUAGGAAAACAGAAACUACUUUGUGUGAAAUUUUUGAAAAAGUAAUUUAUUCAGAGUUAGGAACGUGGUUUAUAAAAUAAGUAAUUACAUCAGGUCACUCUUACGCCACUUUACUUAUGUGUGGAGAAGGAGAGAGCGUAGGGAGAGGUUGGAGGCGGUAGCCUUAAGAGGGCGUCAGGGCUGCGUUACUGGUGGGUCUCCUGCCUGCCCGCCAUGACCCGGCUGCCCUCGGUGACUGUCCCAGCCUGCCCGCGAGAGGACCCUGCACGACAGGCCCGGCCCCGCGCACACACGCGGCCCCUGGCGUGGUGUCGGCGUGCGUCCGUGAGGGUGCAGCCUGGAUCCCUCUAACCUUUAGCCCCCCGGAAGCUUCUGUGCCCCUCCUAGGGUUGCAUCGUGGAAAACGCGUUGGUUCACUUCUAAGUGAUCAAAGGUACAACGUGGGUGGUAAUCCUGGCCAUUCACUGGAGAUUUUUCAGCAGUAUUUAACUUUUAGGGACUAGGAGGAAUCCACAGAGGCUACUGCACAAUUUUAUUCCUUCCUCUGAAUCUAAUGAGUGUGGAUGACUCUCCAGACAUCUUCACAGAAUGGAAAUAGAAUUAAUUAAGUAGAGAUACUCAUUCUUAGAAAAUGCCACUUAAGGCAUAUUUUUAAAUGAAGCUUUAUCAAAGGCGUGUUUGAAGUCAGUAUUCAGGCCAGAAGCUGGUGAGGCCACAGACGCCGUCCCCACCAGGGUCUGCACAUUGAUUGUCACGGCAGGGAAGGGGUGCUGCUGGCGUCGGGGUGACCCGGGGACGCUGCUCCACACCCCGCAGCACCCGGGGUGGCCCCGGGCCGAGCCGGCAGAUGGUCAGGAGCGCGGGCUAGGGUCCUGGGUGGCGCCUCGACCUGAGCUCAGAGAUUUGCACCAAUUGCCUUGUUUCUUCCACUCAGGAUCAGACAGGAGCCCGAGGAGGUGCUGGGUCAGAAGUGGGGGGGGGGGGGGGGCUUGUGGGUGCAGCAAGCAGAGACGGGAGACCCCGCCCCGCCUUUCUGGACUCAGAAGACCUAGGACAGGAGCACAGCAGCUACUGUCCCCUCGGUCCCGACCCCACGUGCUCAGAGCAGGAGAUUCGGACCAGAAGUGCAGAGACUCCCAGCGCCUCUGUGGGUCCCCGGGUGGCCGGUUGCAGCCGUGGGUCCGGACCAGGGACUGACCAGGGGCAGAGGAGCGAGCCCCGCCCACACCAGCCCGCUCUCCUGCAGCUGGGGUGCAGGGGCGCGGGGAGGCCACGGCCGGGCUGCACCUUCCACCCGCAGCAGGAAAGCUGCCGGCCGGUGUCGCUCCCCUCCCCGAGCAGGCGCUCCCAACUCAGACGACAUGUGUAGCCCCUGCGUUUUUAUUCUCUCUACAAAUGGUAUUUUUUCUAACGGGGAUCGGGAGACGGACUUAGUUUUUACAGAAUACCUGGAUUUUGACUAAAAGCCCAGGGGAAAUAUAUUGCAUGUACAUACAAACGCUGCCCAGUAUGUCUGGCUUCUUCCCUCCCGUCGGGUAAAGGCUGAGGGGAGUGUGGUCCUCUCCCCGCCCCAAGUGAAGAAGGACGGCCCUACUGUGUGCCGGUCCCAAGGACCCCAGCUCCGCGGCCACCGGGAUUCUCCCCGGCACGCGUGGGCCUCGUGGGCUGUGGAGAACAGCGCCCGGGGCCGGGAGGGAGGGAGCCGUGCCCGGGACGGGACAGCAGCCGGAUUAGCUCCCCCGUGAGCGGGAACCAGAGGAAGGAAACGUUAACUCCUCAGGGAGGUGGGAGGCCAGUCAGGAGACUGCACUUUAAACAAACUGCCCUAUUUGAGGCUCAGCGUGCAUUCUGCCCCGUGACUGUUUUCCGAGGUAUUAUUUUGCACACUGUGCCCUAACCCUGGAUUUCAGAGACUUGGGAAGUCUGACACCACCAAGAACCUGAUUGAGAAAAAUCAGUUGUGAAGACGUUUUGCCCAGUGGGGGUUGGGAGGGUUCUGUUCUGUUUUGUUUGCUAAACCUGAAGUAUUAACUCCAGGAAGACCGGGACCCUCAUGUGGUCCCCAGGCUCGGGGACAGCUGUCCCACUAGCGGAAGGCCCUUCGCGCCUGGGGUGGGGGUGGGGGGCCAGGCACGCCACAGAGCUCCGUUCUGAUCCUGAAUCUUAAUUGCACUUUUCAUCAUGUUUUUCUGUUUUGGAGAGUUUUAUUGAUUUAUUUAAUCAAAAACAGUUGCUGUAUCUUAAAACGUGCAGACUGACAUCUCACAAGGCAUUGAUUUCUCUGGAAUAUAUUUUCGUUCAGAUGAUUUCCUUGGUACCCACACUCUAGACUCACUGCUUUCUUCGUAAAGACAGCGUUCCUUGUCAUCCCAAAUAGGGACGCCGAGGAGGGGGACGCUCUCUGGCUCCUCAAGGCAGGCAGAGCUGAGGGGGAUUAGUGAUGCUGGGGGCGGGGCCACACGCCGCGUCGUCCCCUUUUAUCAAAAAAACAGAAAUCGGAUGGCUCUUCACUUCUAAAAUAUUUCACACCAAAAAAAUACGGUCUGCCCCGACCGUAUCAUAAGUUUGAUCUAGCAAGAGGAAUAAAAGCAGCUGGCUUUCCCAUCUGUGUGAAGUCAGAGAAUCUCUCAGAAGGUUCCUUUUUGUCAACCCCAAACUACCUAAGUGGAAAGGGCAGAGUAUUUGCGACCUUGUGUGUCCAGUGUUGUGUGUCCUUGUCCCCUGGAGUGUCCUGUGACCCUCUCCAUCCUCCUGGCCAGUCACGUGCCCCGGGGCUGGGAGGGGAGGGUCUGACUCGGUCCCGGCAUUUAGCUGACCUCUGGCACUGCUGUGUGCACCUGUUCACUGUUUGCGGCGACGAGCCCCCAGCCCCGAGAACAUUUAGCUUGGCCACGCCGUGGGCUGAUGGUACAUCGGGAGCCGACGCCUGUCCUUCUGGACACGACCACGAAUGGUUAAAGUCAGUCUGCGGAACGUUUGUGGAGUGAGCCCGGAAGCAGUUUGCUUCUCCAGAUAUUGUGUCAUAUGCUUUUAUUUUACUUUAUUUUAUUUUGGAAUUUGGACACUUUAUAUGAAUGUAGUUCAGCCAAGAACCCUGUCGCUAAGAUCCACUCCCCAGUGUUCUCUGUAUGUAUAUUGAUGUAUAUACCACACGUUACAACCUGCAUGAGCUUCCUUCUCGCAGCGAGACCAGCCGGAACCAAGCAUGAGACGCGGUCCUACACACAAAGGAUUUGACAUGUUCUCAAUAAAAGACAGUGUUAUACCA